AUGGCUGCUGACAGUGGUGUGAGCCCAGCCCAGAUGGAUUUCUGGGGUGGGAGGGAGUUCGUGUCCAUGAUGCCCAGCAUCACCCCCACAGAGGCAGCAGAAACACAGCAUGACCUGGUAUCUCCUUGUUUUCCAGAGCGAAAAGCUGUCUGGGAUGCGGUGGCCAGCAACAUCCAACAGCAGCUGCUGCUGCACAAGGGGAUCCGAAUUCCCACCCUUGGCUCCUUUGAUGUGGUCCACACAGAGACCGUGGUGGGGAACAAGACUGUGGUCCUGCAGAGGCCAGUGUUCCACCUGGCCAGGAAUCUUGGAGGAGGUCAAAACCUGGAAAAGAAGGAUGACCUGGCUGGGGGGAAGCAGCUGGAGCCUCUGAAAUAUGCCAAGGUGGCCUCAGAGGCCUCUGUGUCCCGGAGAGAAGUGGAGUGCUGCAUCCUUGGCACCAUGUCCCUGCUCUACCACUGCCUGGAGAAGGGCGUGAGCGUCGCCUUUGUCCUCAGGGAUGUGGGUGUGCUCCUCAUCGAAGGCAGCGUGGUGCUAAUGAGAUUCUACCUGGACUUCCUGGAGAAAGUGAAUGGGGAGAGGAUCCAGGACAGGGCUACGCUCAAGGCUCUCCAGCAGCUGGGCAUGGUGGUUUCCCGGGAUGUGCCCAUUGCUUCCCUGAGCUUCACCGGCCGUGUCCUCAUCUUCCCCAAGUGA